GGACUAAACUAGCCUUCAUAAUCAGCCACACUGAUGCCCUCAGCACACUCUCAUAUAAACACACAUGACAGCUUCAUCUGCUAUUCUGUCUGGACUUUUACUAUUGAACCGAUGUCAUCUCAAUAACCAUGUCUUCAGAGAAGAAGACAAAAAAGAAGAAGCCGGAGGCAGAUUCUGGAAAGGCCAACGGAGCUGAAGCCAAACCCAAAAAGAGCAAAGCUAAAAAGAGUGAAGAGUUGUCAGGCGAAGAGGACAGUACGCCCUCAAAGACUGAAAGCAAAGCAGUAAAGAAAAAGAAAACCGAGAAGGACAAAGAAGAGGCAACAGAGAAGAACAUAAAAAAGAAGAUCAAGAGUACUCCUAAGAAAAAGAAAGAUUCCGAUGAUGAAGAUGACGAGGACGACGAAGAGGAGACCUCACAGAAGAAAACUAAAAAGAAAACCACCAAAGAGAGCUCCCCUGCUGGCACCAAAGAAAAGAAAUCAAAGGCCAAAGAGAGUAAAGGUGAAUCAGAAAGCAAAGGAAAGACAGCCAAGUCUAAAAAGGAGCCAGCGUCCAUGUUUCAGAUAAAUGGAGAUAAACCAGAUUUUAUCGCAAAAAAGAAAGCAUCUGCACCAGUCACCAAGUCUGACAGUGAUGAGAGUGAGCCAGAGACUAAACCCAGCAAGAGCAAAAAGAAAUCCACUGCCAACUCCACCUCCAUGUUUCAGGCUGGAGGAGACAAAGACAAGAAAAAGGACAAGAGUAAUAAGGACAAAGAGAAGAACAACAAGAAAAAGAAGGCUGCUAAAUCUGAAGAAAGUGAUGAUGAGGAUACAGAAGUGCCCAGAAAGAAGAAAGGCAAAGGCAGGAAAAGUAAAAAGGAGGAGGAGAGGCCUCCUUCACCAGAGAUUGAGUUUGAUGACCUUGAGGAGUUUGUUCUUCAGCCGGCACCUCAGGGAACCACCAUCAAGUGUAAAGUGACGCGAGACAAGCGCGGCAUGGACAGAGGCUUCUACCCCACCUAUUACCUCCAUUUAGACAAUGACAAGAAGGUUUUCCUAUUGGCUGGUCGAAAAAGAAAAAAGAGUGCAACAUCAAAUUAUCUGAUAUCCAUAGAUGCCACUGACCUGUCACGGGGCGGAGAAAAUUUUAUUGGAAAGUUGAGGUCCAAUCUCAUGGGUACCAAGUUCACAGUGUUUGACAACGGUCUCAACCCUGACCGUGCCCUCAGGGACAUGUCUAAUGCCCGGCAAGAGCUAGCGGCUAUCAUUUAUGAGACAAAUGUGUUGGGGUUUAAAGGGCCCAGAAAAAUGACUGUCAUCAUCCCAGGGAUGGAUGAUGACAACGAGCGAGUGCCGAUACGUCCACGAACCGACAACGACAAUAUACUUAUGCGCUACCAAAACAGGCAGAUGGACAACCUGAUUGAACUCCACAACAAAACUCCAGUUUGGAAUGAUGAUACUGCUUCGUAUGUCCUCAACUUCUCUGGUCGGGUCACACAAGCCUCUGUCAAGAACUUCCAGAUCGUCCACAGCAAAGACAACAGCUACAUUGUGAUGCAGUUUGGAAGAGUGGCAGAUGACAUGUUUACUCUGGACUAUAACUAUCCCAUGUGUGCAGUGCAAGCCUUUGCUAUCGCUCUGUCCAGCUUUGAUGGCAAACUGGCCUGCGAAUGAACACAAGGCACAAAAUUCUUCAACCAAGAGUCACAUCUUUGCAAUCAACACACGAUAACUUCAUCAUCAGGAAGGACAAUGUGUUAAUUGAAAAUGUUGGACAUUUUUAUGAUUUCCACUGUGCCUGAAUGCGACUGGGGUGAACUUCUUCUGGAUACAGAAGAGAAACUGACACCAGAGCCAGGCGUUGGACAUAUAUGAUGAAUGCAGGCUACAUAAAAGGAUUGAAAAUGAUUGAAAAAUAGUUUGAUUUUAUUUUGUGUUGUACUGAGAUUU